GAGGCUCGUAAAUCGAAGGAGAGGUGUGUUUCCCUUUUCGUGGCUCCUCCUUUUCUUGCCCCUCUGCAUUUUUCUCUUUUGUCUUUCUAUGUUCCAUCACUUCAAACAUAAAUAAAAGCCUCUUCUUUUUUUCACCAAUAUAUAGCUUCCUUCUUUUGUAUGGUGUCAUAUUCACUUUGUGCUAUUUGCUUCAUCAUUUAUUAUCACUCCCUUCACUUCACCCUUUCUAAUCUAUAGACUUCUCCUCCAAAUGAGGAUUCAAUAUCAACAUGUCAUUUUUGGUCAAAGACUUUGUUUCAUUACCAUUUCUCUUUUCUUUCUCAUAAUUUCAAGCUUCCCCCAAAAGGGACUUGUUGCUGAAGGUAGAAAGACUUUGAAUCAGAAUGGUUUUCACCAGACAUUAGGUGAUAACAAGGUGAUGGUGAGGAAACAGAUAGGUUCAAGGCCACCAAGAUGUGAAACAAGAUGCAGAUUCUGUGGACAUUGUGAGGCUAUUCAAGUUCCAACCAAUCCUAGAGCACUUAAUGGAAAGAUUAACCCUUCAACUCUGUCUACAAUUGCUUAUUCUAGAAGACAAGAUAAUUCAAACUACAAGCCCAUGAGUUGGAAAUGCAAAUGUGGGAACAUUAUUUUCAACCCUUGAUUUCAAAUUUGUUCCUUAAUGUAGUUCAUUUAUAUAAUUAAGAGGAUGUUAAUCAAUUUGUUAACUCUGUAUAUCAAUAUAGUAUCUUUCUUUUUUUAAGUGUUUUUCUAUUUUUAGUUUUUACCUAGCUAUCAAUGUCCUUUGUUUGAGUA